AUGACCAAAUCAGGGCCCACACAAAGACCGAACCCCCAUCAAAGAAUACUUCAUCACACAGGAAUGUUAGAUAAACUGAUGACAAGGAGUACGACCACUCCAAACAACAAAAGAGACCAUAAGGUGAACCCAACUGGUAGCUUGAAUAACCCUUAUGUAAUCCCCGGCACAUUUCAGACCCCCCCUGGGAAGACAUGGCAAAUAUUACUACCAAAGCAUUAGGUCAGGCCCUAACCCUCUCAACCAAUUCACAGAUAUGGAAAGUACAAAUACCAAUUGUCAAAUAUUGUUCAAUGGUAAUAUGUGCACUGCUACAGCUGUGACUCAAGAGACUGUUUGUAACAAACACCUUGUACGAACACUUCAUGGAAUUGCAACCUCUCCCCAACCCUACCCUCUUCUUUUUUCUGUACCCUCAAGUUUCUGAUGAAUGACAAAACAAUAAAAAUUGUCAAUUUUGAAAAAAAAAAGACUAUAAAUGAAUAUCUAGACUCAUGUAUAGAUUGUGAUCUCCAAAUACAGUCUUAUCGUUCCUAAAUAAAGCUAGGAUGUUUAAUCCAAUAGUAACACAUUUUCAAUAACAACAUAAGAAUAAAAGGUAACGAAUAAAUAGCGGUUUUUCAGUAACACAUCAAUUAAUGACACUCUGCAUGGUAAUACAUAAUCUAAAAAUGCAGUGUUUUCAUUCCAUAGUAAGAUUAGGAUGUUUAAUCCGAUAAUCACAAGUUUUCAGUACAACAUUAAUUUAAAGAGGAGCAGUUUGUACAUAGUCUUUCAAUUAGUAACACUCUGCAUGUUAGUAUAUUCUCCUGCUGCAGUUCACCCUUCUAACGUUAUGAUAUAUCUGAGUUUCGCUCCAAAGAUAGGAUUUAAAACAUAAAAAUCCACUGUUUGAUUAUUUUUAUUCGUUGUACUAAUACAUUUAUAUCUUUUACAUUUAAAUAUAUUCAAACUCUUUUCGAUCCGAAAAUUGCCAUCUAUGUUCCUGUAGCUGGCAAUUUUCGUGUGUUCGCCUCCAUGCUAAAACUAAAAAGGUGAUUUAUGAAUUUUGUAACUAUCUAAAGUCCUUUUUCUUGUUUUAAAAAAGAAACAGAAAUAAUGGAUUCAUACAAGGGAUUUGCAGUUCAGUCUGAAAUGAAUCUCCAAGUCUGAUAUAUACUGAUCUCUAAAGAAAAACAAGGAAAUACACUAGAUCUGAGUAGUUACUAACUCUGAUAAUCAUAAGUGUAUCUUUCCUGGUAAAAUAUUUUAUAAAUAAAUAAAGAAUCAUAAGUAGUUAAAAAUGUUACACUUCAACAUGUAUUUUCUUUAUUCCAGAUCCCAAGAGCACGAUGCAAUGAAGUUUGUCAUCAUGGAUACAGGAAGGCCCCUGGAGGAAGCUAUCACAAGUGCUGCUAUGACUGUGUCCCGUGUUCAGAGGGAGAAAUGUCCAAUGUAACAGGUAUAUAUAUAUUUAUUUAUACAUCAAUAUAAUUGUAUUUAAAUGCUCCACUCAACUUACAAAUGGUAAGUUACCUGUUCUUUAUCUUCUAUUGUAUUUUUUCUUUCCCAAAUAGAUCAGCAUGAAUUCAGUUUUAAUUAGAUGUCUGCAGUGCUCUAAGGAGGUUACAGUAUUUUCAUUAGGUUUCAAAAAUAGCUGGUGGCAAACCUUUUCUGAUGUUGUUUCCACCUAUGUUCUUCAUGGGUCUCUGUUGAUAGCUCCAUCUUGCUGAUGUUUGUAUUUAUCACUUUCCCAAUAUCCCAGCAAACGCAUUGUCCAAGUGCAUCUCUGUGACUUGUGAUAGAACAUUUAGAUACAUCAUUCUGUCUCCUUUGUUUCCCAAAAAGGUUGAACUUUCCUCAUAGAGAUGCAUUGAUUCAAUGUAUCUCUAUGAAAAGGUGGUAACUGGCCAGGGCAGCAUUUGGUUCUGCCUCCCCCCCCUACACUCCCUCCUCCUUUCCCCCAACCCCCAAUCCCUCGUUAGCCUCUUUGGCUGAGAUUAUCAGAAUUAACAAUUUCCGGUAAUACAUUGCUUUUCCAUGGGAAAGCACUGUGAUUGGCUGAGAUAAUUCAUUCUGAUAAUGUAAGCCAAGGAGGUGGAUUGGGGCGCUGGGCUUGCACCACAUGGUGCUGAAAUAAAAUUUCAACAAUAUUAAGGAGGCUUCAGAGGCCUAAAUUGCAUUGUUAACACUAUUUUUAAAUAUGUAUUCCUGAGCCUAUAGUGUUCUUUUAAAUACAAAUAUACAUAACACUGGAGAAAUAGCAACCACAAUUAUUACAUCAAAAAUAUAUACAUGGGAGUACUUAUUUGGUUGCACUAAUCUGCAUGCUAACAUUAGGUAAAUUGACACAUUUCCAAUCAGCCAACAGAGGUCGCUGCAACUAAGUAAACUAAGUGCAUAGUGGAUAAUUUGAUAAUGUUAAUAUUACAAAUUAAGAAAUAUGAUUUAUUUACAACACUGUUUUCUUAAAUAUAACUUCAUUAACUGAUAAAUUAUUUUCAAAAGCUUUUCUGGCAAACCAAAUUUUCCAUUAAAUAAUGUGCUUUCAUAUUCAGAAUCCCCUUAGCAAUCGGUUAAUAUUUUGCAGUAAACGUUCACUAGCAAUGGACCUCUUUAUGCACAGGAUACCUCAUUUGUAUGACCUUCAUUUGUGUAUUUUGUGGCCCACUGGACCGUAGGGCAGCAGGAAGUAUAUAGGAUGCUGGAACAUAUAGUUUCUGGCCAGAGGAAGGGGCCAAUUCACAGAGUUUUUAGAAACGCGAACUGGAAAUAUAUUGAAUCUCAGCUAUGUGACAUUUAAAGUCUCUGAAGGUGGAAUGUUGGGUUUAAAUGUCUGACUGAGAUGUGUAAAGAUUUUUUGUUUUUCUAUAUAUCCCCUAAGUAGUUCAGGUUGUUUCUUGGAACCACACUUUACAGUACUCUAGUUCUUCUGGAUGUUUAAAGUUUUCUUCCCUUUAUUCAGCCCCAGCUGCCCAGUAUUCCCCCAAUGGCAUCUUGUGCAACUUCUAGUAAUAGAUUGCACUCUAGAGAAGAAAGUUGAGUCAAAUAUAUUUACAUUUUUGUCCACCAUGUAUAUUACAUAUACAAAAAAGGCAUAUAAAGUGAUGGAGAACUUAUACCUAUAUCACUUCAAUUCAUCUGAUGUGACACAUGCACAGAACCUGCUUUGCCAGUAAAUAGGAUGAGUGGAGAGUGUAUUUAGUAAGCAGCAAGUCCCUGAACCUCAUCUCAUGAUAGACUGGCUUUUAUUAAGCAGACAGUAGCCAAAUGUCUCAAGGAGAUUUCACAAACUCAUAAAAGACCUACAACUACCACAGAGCUUGGACUGAAAUUUCAUCAGACAAAGCAGUCAUAUGAGGAGAAAGAAGGUCAAAUACCUGAAGGGCUACAUUGUAAUAACAUAGGCUCCUUUAUCUCCAUGAUAAUGAAUACUCUUAAUAUGAUGGACUCAAUUCCUAUAGAAUCUCCUACUAGUCAACACUUUUCCAGCUUAUGUAAAAGAUAAUAUAUAUUACCUCUUAAUGAUACAGUUAGAAGAAUAGCAAAAAGUGGAGAAACAUGUUAACUUACAAAGCAGAGUUUCUAAAAUAUAUCCUUUAAAAAUAAAUCAAAGAUUGUACAUACUGAUUUCAGACCAAAACUGGUAUCAUCUUUCCGCUAAACAUGUGCAAUUUGGACGGAUUUCGGGCAAUUCGGACAUUUGGGAACUUCAGAAUGUCAGAAUAGCGAAGUGCCGAAUUGCCAAAGUUGCCGAAGUUCCGAAGUGCCGAAUUGUCGAAGUCCCGGAUUUUGGAAUGCCGAACCAAACCAAAAAAUGUUCUUAUGCACAUGCCUACUUUCCACCUUAGCCCUCCCUGCUCUUGAAUAAAUUGGAUUCCUGAAUAAAUUGGAACUUGUCAGGUGCCGAAUAAUUUUUCAACGAUGCAUUGGUCUUUCUAGGAAAUCAUUUAGCCUGUUUGUUAUUCCUUCAGGGGAAAAAGUUUUAUCUACUACCAUUGGCAGGUGGUUGGUGUCAGCCAUUUCUCUGGCCUACAAAUUCAAAGACAUCCCUCUGCAUAUUGUAAUGAAAAAACCCUUUGAACAUUGUCUCCUGGACAACCAAAAUACUUGGAUUAUUUUUAUUGCAAAUUGUUUGGUAGUGAAAGAGUGUAAUGGUAUUUAUUAAUUAAUGACUUUACAUCAUAAAGAAAGCAUAUUUAGUGUAAUGCUUUGGGGGCACCACUAGGGGGAGUGUGUAGGAAGACAUGUGCUUCUGGCAGUGACAUCACAGGCCAGCCUACUUACACUGAAUAAAAACCAGAUGUAGGAGGAGCUUUCUCUCUUUUUGCCUGUACCUGACUGAUCAUGUAGUACCAGCUCUGACUUAGCCCCAGCCCUUUGGCUGGGGCCUUGUAAGUAAUAUGAAUCCAUUGUAACAUUUAGCAAUUGUAAUAGCCUUUUGUAUAAUAUUUAGCAACCAAUAGCGUUUUGUGUAGUAUUGUAUUGUAUCAUUAUUGUGGUAAAUUGACAUUCCGCUAGCAUCUGUUUAUUUAUUAUAGUUAUAUUAAAUAUACAUUUAAUAUUACAACGUUUUGUGUAUUUUCUAUCCACAUAUUCAACCAUAAUACCAUGAAUUAUAAAAAUAUUAAUGUUGUUCCGUAUUGCUUAAUUAUUAUGUAUUAAGAGAUUAAUAUUCAUAUUUAAGUCACGACCACAACAAAGAGUUAAUAUGCAAUACUAUAUAUCUCCUCAGAGAGGUACCAGUUCUGGUAAUAUUAUAAAAUGGUCAUUGUAUGAUUCAAGUGAUGUUAUGGUUCCUGUUAUCACACAUCUGGCAUUCACAUCUUUUGUUUUGUAUUUCAUUAUUCAGUAUUCAUCAUGUUGUUUUAUAUAAUUUUCUUAAUAGCAAAACAAUGCAAAUACCAUCUUAUCCCCACUAAAGCAUGAUUAGAUAAACUGCUUACUUUGAUAGAAUUGCAUAUUUAUGUAAAUCAAAAUUAUAUUAACAAGUAUUGCUAAUUACGUUUAAUGUUUUUGUUUUGUUUUAUUACAGACAGUGAUAACUGCCAAACAUGUCCUGACAACGAAUGGCCAAAUGAGAAUAAAACAAAGUGCAUUCCCAAAAAUUAUGACUUUCUGUCAUAUGAAAAUGAUAACAUUACUUCAAUUUUCUCUUCUAUCUCUAUAUUAUUUUCACUCAUAGUUGUCUUCAUAUUAAGAAUAUUAAUUAUAUUCUGGGAGACUCCCAUUGUCAGAGCGAAUAACCGGAAUCUCAGCUUCGUCCUCCUGGUCUCUCUCAUGCUGAGCUUCCUCUGUGUGUUUCUGUUCCUCGGUCGUCCUGUGGAUAUAACCUGCAUGCUGCGUCAAACCUCUUUUGGGAUCAUCUUCUCAGUAGCUGUAUCUUCUGUACUGGGCAAAACUAUCAUGGUUUACAUUGCUUUUAAAGCUACUAAACCAGGCAGCUCAUGGAGAAAGUGGGUUGGGGUCAAAGUGUCUAAUAUCAUAGUUCUGAUAUGCUCAUCUAUCCAGAUCCUGAUUAAUGUUCUUUGGUUGUGCAUUUCCCCUCCUUAUCAAGAACUGGACAUGCACUCUUACCCUGGAAGGAUCAUCAUUCAGUGUAACGAAGGCUCAGUCAUUGCCUUCUACUCUGUUCUGGGUUAUAUGGGAGUUCUGGCAGCUGUUAGUUUUAUUAUUGCUUAUUUUGCCAGGACAUUGCCAGACAGUUUUAAUGAGGCCAAGUACAUCACCUUCAGCAUGCUGGUGUUCUGUAGCGUGUGGAUUGCAAUGAUCCCGGCCUAUCUAGGGGCAAAAGGAAAAUACAUGGUGUCUGUAGAGAUAUUUGCCAUAUUAACUUCUAGUGCUGGCUUGUUAGGCUGUAUAUUUUUUCCUAAAAGUUAUAUAUUACUGAUAAAACCUGAGAUGAAUACUAAAACACAUCUAUUGGACAAAGACAAUGCAUAUACAUUUAUAUGAGAUAUCAAUCGCAUAGGCAUAGUUAAUCAAGGAACAGAAACAAAUAUAGCAAGUAGUUUAGAUAUACAAUGAAUGUGCACUCGACAUUGGUUUUUUAGUGUAUCUCAACAUUUUUGUUGAAAUGUUGUUGUUUUUUGUGCAGAUAACAAAAUAUGUGUAAAGUUGCAAUAUCAUGCAAUAUAUUGCACAAUAUAAUUGCUUGCAGCCCUGUCAUCAUUGCUCAAUUAAUGAAAUCUCCAUCAGGUUUGUUUACAAAAGUAUGUAUACCAAAUGUGCCCAUUCAGACUGCAAUUUCUAAAUUUUGUUUACUGUAAUCUACAAUGUCUGGAGUUUGCAAAACAAGAUCUGAAUGUGCAUGAAUUGUGUUUAGGUUUCAGUCUGUCUGAAAACAGUCAGAGAGGAUAAAUCCGGGCUCAGAUUGUAAAUGUCUAAAUUAUUUGCUUACUGUCUGUGGGUGGAGGCUCAAUCACAAUACCAAGACUGCUUUCCUUUAAAUACUCCAUUAAGACUAAGGAAAAUCUAUGCCAUACUUACCAAAAUUUUCUUUUCCUGGCUAUGUAUCAUGGCAAUAUCACUUACUGGUAGCUUGUGAGGAUAUUUAUGGGGAGAUAAAUAUUACAAAUAAUAAUUUAUAAAAAUUAUCAAAAAAUUAUUUAAUAAUUUUUAUUAUAUAAAACAUUGAUAUAUUGGCACUGUUCCCCUUGAUUGAUUUAAAAUGAAGAGUUGCCCACUAUUUUAACUCGUAUAGACCUUAGAGUACAUGUUAUUAUAGAAUUUGUAUUUCACACAUUAAUCACAAACUAAUUAUAAAAAUAUAAUUUAUGGUGACAAUAAUUAAUAAUAAUAUGUAACAUGCAUGACCAUAACCAGUGAAUAUUUAAGUAUAACGUAAGUAUACAAUAUGGCAACAGUUUUGACACAAUUACAGAUAGCUCAAUAGCAACAGUUAUAUCCAUAUAGAUGCAAUUUUCAACAAGAUUUACUACUGAAAGUUUCAGUUUUGCUAGACAUUCCUUAACACAGAACAUAGCAUCUCACUGCAGAACAGCAGUCUUGCUGUCAGUUUGAAUAGUUUGAAUUAACUCACUCACUGCUGGCUACAAUUCUCACAGGAAAAACACCUUUAAUAUUACAAUUAACAAGUACAAUAUUUCUCACAAUAUAAAUCAGUUUAAUAUCCCUUCCAAGAAGUGACUAAAAAAAUAAUUGAACCAAAAUUUUACAUUGCAGAUGAUUAAUUUUCCUGAUUAAACAUUAACUAUCCCUAUAUUCAGAUAAGUCAAUAUCUCUGGAUAAUUUUCCACCUGCAAGAAUGGAAUGUGGGACCCUAUAUUUCCUCAGCUAAUUAUUAUUAUUUUUUAAAUUAAACCUGACCAGCUCUUUUCCAGAUAUAUUCCUGUUUUAACUAACAUAAGUAGAGUUGAGCGAAACCGGACUGUAAAGUUCAGCUUCGUACCGAACAUUACGUUUUUUGGACCCCGGACACGAACACGGACAUAUCACUGUUUGUUCGGGUUGGAGUUCAGUGUUCGGCGAUUUAAUGGCUCGUUUUGAAAGGCUGCAGGGCAGCCAAUCAAUAAGCGUUUGACUCGUGUGCGCUUAGAAGCCAUCACAGCCAUGCCUACUAAUGGCAUGGCUGUGAUUGGCCAGUGCAGCAUGUGACCCAGUCUCUAUCUAUAAGCUGGAGUCACGUAGCGCAGCACGCACAUGAGCUCUUAUUAGUGUAGGGAGAGGAUGCUGCAGCUGUUAGGGACAGAUUUGGAAAUAAUUCUGCAAACUAGUACAUUAGUGGGGUGCACUUCAUAUCUGAGAGUCAAAUAGAAGCGUCAAAUACUGCGGUUACAUCGGAGUUUUAAAAAGUCAAAUUUUUUUGGUGCUAAAAAGUACAUUAGUGGGGUGCUCUUCAUAUCUGAGAGUCAAAUAAAAGCAUCAAAUACUGCGGUUACAGUGCAAUUGUAAACAUUCUUAUUUCUGGGUGCUAAUCUGCUAAACAGUAAAUUUGGGGUGUGCUCUCCAUAUCUGAGAGUCAAAUAGAAGCGUCAAAUAGUGCGGUUACAGCACAAUUGUAAACAUUCUUAUUUUCUGCGUGCUAAUCUGCUAAAUAGUACAUUUGGGGCAUGCUCUUCAUAUCUGAGAGUCAAAUAGAAGCGUAAAAUAAUAAGCGCAGUUUGAAACAUUCUCAUUUUCUGGGUGCUAAUCUGCUUAAUAGUAAAUUUGGGGCGUGCUCUUCACAUCUGAGAGUCAAAUAGAAGCGUCAAAUAGUGCGGUUACAGCACAAUUGUAAACAUUCUUAUUUUCUGGGUGCUAAUCUGCUUUAAUAGUAAAUUUGGGGUGUGCUCUUCACAUCUGAGAGUCAAAUAGAACCGUCAAAUAGUGCUGUGACAUAGCAUUUUUAAACAUUCAAUUUUUUGGGGCUGCUAAAUAGUACAUUUGCGGCCUGCGGUGCACUUCAUAUCUGAGAGUCAAAUAGAACCGUCAAAUAUGGUGCUUACAUUGCAGUUGUAAAAAUUCAAAUUCUUUCGGUGCUAAAUGUCAAUUUGAUGCCUGCACUUCAUAUCUGAGAGUCAAAUAGAAGUGUCAAAUAGUGCGGUUACAGCGCAAUUGUAAACAUUCUUUUCUGGGUGCUAAUCUGCUAAAUAGUAAAUUUGGGGCAUGCUCUUCAUGUUUGAGAGUCAAAUAGAAGCGUCAAAUACUGUGUUUACAGCGCACUUUGACAAAUUCCCAUUUUUUUGUUCAUAAGAAGUAAAUUUAGGGUGUGCACUUCAUAUCUGACAGUCAAAUAGAACCGUCAGAUACUGUGGCUGCAGCGCAGUUUGACCAAUUCAAAUGUUUUUGGGUGCUAAAUAGUACAUUUGCGGCCUGCACUUCAUAUCUGACAGUGAAAUAGAACCGUCAAAUACCAAAAUAACAAUAUUGUAAUUCGGGGGGCAAUACCCUCACAAGUCAAACUGAGAGGUCAGUUUAUAGGGAAAACUGUUGCCUGAAUACAAUUCUAAAACAAUUUUCAUAUGUCCUUUGCAGACUUUACACACUGGAAAAACACAGGUGCCAACUGCUGUGGCUUUCUGCAGUGUGCAAACCGGCAAGGAGGGCAGGGUUGAGGAGUGGGUGGUAGAUGGUGUGGAGGAUGAUGAGGUCCUAGACCCCACAUGGAAUCAAGGUCACGCGAGUGAGGUGUGCAGUUUGGAGGAAGAGGCGCUGGUCGCACAGAGGCACCAGCACAGCAUAGGAGGGAGCAGGGUGCAAAAGCGGAGCGACCGUCCUCUAGCGCUCGUCGGCAUGUAUUAUCUUUAGAAUUCCCACAGUUAUUCAAGUAACAGUUGAAGCAAUAAAAAGAACCAUAACAGAUUUAACGAGCCAUUCGCGGUUUCGCAGUCCGGUGACCGGGAUCCAGACACUGUCUGGGCAGCGGUUGGACGACCGGGACCCAGUAUGCCUGAUGUUGAAGUUAGGAGUCACAGUGUGGAAUGGAUUAGCAGGGUCUGGUGCAGAGUAACCACACGCCCCUUGGUGUUGAGUACCAGCGUUUGUGCGGCCACAUACCAGGACCCUGAUGCAGCUUCAGUAAAAAGAGUACUGGAUACCAGAAGACAUCACCAGACUGAUCCGCAACUUGGAACAGGAUGUGACAUUCACUGUAGUGGCUGUGCACGCUUUCAGUGUUCUCACCCUGCUGCUGCUCGCCUGUCUGCGCUGCAGCGUAACUUUGGCCUUCCAGCUCACCGCCUCAUAUGUGACGUGCCCACAAGGUGGAACUCCACCUUGCACAUGCUGGAGAGACUGUGCGAGCAGCAGCAGGCGAUAGUGGAGUUUCAGCUGCAGCACGCACGGGUCAGUCGCACCAGACUUGCCCUCCAAUUGAUCAGAAUUAAAAGAUUUCAAGUGGACUCACUACAAUUACAGGGCCUCUAAAGAGUCCUGUAUUGUUAUUUGUCGUCACUACCUACCCACGUCGGGAGUGAGUCAUUUGGGCGCCCGCUGCCUUCCUUGCAUGUGGUAGCCAUUUCUCAGGCUCCCUCUCUGGAAUUGAACCCUGAUUCCCCAUUACCCAUGGUCAACAUGGUAGGCGCAGUAAAUGGCAUCGAAAGUUGAUAUGGAUGACAUACGAAUGCGUCGUUGCCUUGUCGUUGGGGAGCCCAUUGAAAAAGUGCUCUAGCAUGACGAGCUGGGUGAUCUCCUCCGGGAACUUGGCUUGAUGGGAGUUGAGCUAGUUCUGAGUGGCCCUUGUGAUGCAGCAUGCCCACUCCGCAUGGGAGUCCUUCUCCCCUUUCCGGGUCUCCCUAAACUUUCAGCGGUAUUGCUCGGGGGUGACCAGGAGGAUUUGGGUAACCUCAUCUGCUCUUCUGGUACAGGCCGGUAAAUAUCUGCUGCCUUCCCCACUAGUUUGCUUGCAAGGAUGGUGACCCAGUCGCUGGGGUCCACGUCUUGGAGAAGGCACUGGCGCUCAAAGUCUUGUAAAAAGUCAUCGAUGCCUUCUUCUGCUUCCUUGAACUCUUUGAAGGCAUUGUAUGGUAGCUUGUGGGCCAGGGUGGUUGUGCUUCCUGGCGCCCUCUGCUCCCUUCUUCCUUCAUUUGGGUUCAUGGAGGUCGCCCUCUGUCUAUUGACAAGGACAUAGGCUUGCACCUCCAAAAAGGUCCUGCUGACAAUCUCCUCUGAGGGUGGCUCUCAGUAAUAUGCCAGGUGCCGUUACACCUCCUUGUGCACUUCCUCCUCAUCUCCGGCCCCUGGCUGGGGUUUGUUGCCUCACUGCGUGCCUGGUCAUCCUCCAUGAGCGCAGCAGUCAAUUUGGCCUUGUUAUGCCCAGCAGGCGUUAUCCCUCUGGCUCCACACAAGUCCUGCAGUGUAGGUCACUUUAGAGCACUGUAGUCCAUGGGUCUGUUGGCAGGGACAUGGGAUUUCCCUGCUUGCCACCAAUUAAAGCAGGACCUGAAGCUCAGUGGCAACAACCACUCAUCGGUCUGUUGUUCCAUGCCCAUCCACAGCUCCUGCACGGUGUGGGGUUUUUCCCCCAAACAUAUGAGUUUUAAAACAGCCUGCUGUCGUUUCCCCCUGGCUGUGCUGAAGUUGGUGGUGAAGGUGUUAUGCUGACCAGAUGAGGAAGUGGUAGAGGAGGAUGAAGUGGAGUAGGAAGAGGAGGCAACAGGAGGCAAAGCUGUGAACCCAAAUAAAGAUUGUCAAACGUUGUAUCCUGGAACUGUGUCCUAUCCGGUUACUGGGGAAAUGGGUCUGACCUAUUCUAAUCAAAGGGGAUAACCACCGUGCAGGAGCUGUGGACGGGCAUGGAACAACAGACCGAUGAGUGGUUGUUGCCACUGAGCCUCAAGCUCGGCCUGGUGGUGUGCGAUAAUGGGCGAAAUCUCGUAGCAGCUUUGGGCCUCGUCGGUUUGACGCACAUCCCUUGCCUGGCGCAUGUGCUGAAUUUGGUGGUGCAGAAAUUCCUGAAAAACUACCCAGAUAUAUCAGAGCUGCUGCAGAAAGUGCGGGACGUCUGUGUGCGCUUUUGGCGUUCUCACCCUGCUGCUGCUUGCCUGUCUGCGCUGCAGUGUAACUUCGGCCUUCCCGCUCACCGCCUCAUGAGACUGUGCGAGCAGCAGCAGGCGAUAGUGGAGUUUCAGCUGCAGCACGCAUGGGUCAGUCGCUCUGCGGAACAGAGUUUUCUUUUUUUAAAUGUCCCAUAUUUUGGAGGCUACCCCAAUUAAAAAAUAUAUAUUUAUGUUACGGUUGCCUCCAAGCUGGCUGGAAGUUGGAUCGCUUGGAUAUCCUGGUUCCCGAACUUGGAGAGAUGGAGAGCCGCUUAAAUCAGCAUAAAGUAGUAAUUCCUGGAAAUGUAGAACAUCCCACUAGCUAUAGCACAGCUAGGAUACACUUUUCCCUACAACAAGAGUCGAGGCUGCGAGUUGAGGGUAAAACGAACUGAUUUAAUGACACUCAUGCAUGGCAAUUUAUGCAGUUACCAGGCCAGGGGACAGCCCCCCUCUGGACCUGAUGGAACACUGGACAAUACAAUGUCCCAACCAAUAAGAACAAAGUGCAUUCUUUGAAACACUCCCCCCUACCUUGGAGAUAAUUGAUCCCAAUGGCUACAUUAACCUAAUUAUCUCCAAGGACAUUAAAAAUGCCACAUUUUAUUAUACACACUAAAACAGCAUAAAAAUAUAUAACUUUUACAUUUAAACAUCAAAAUAUCCCAUUCAACCAUUUACUGGAUAGCUCAGAUCUGAACGCACAAAAUAUACGAAUGGUGUGCAAAAGUCACGAAAGCAAAGUCUGUUCGUAUGGGUUUUGUACGAAUGGAUGGGAUAACCGGCACUUCAGCGGGAUUCAUAUAAAUCAGUAAUUAUAGUUCCAGGAGUUUUAGCUCUAGGCCCCGCUGAGCAUUCUACGACACAAAGAUGGCCGCCACCUCUAGUUCGACAUAUGAACGGCAACCACCUUGGAAUAGGUACUUAGAGUGCGUUUAACUUCAAAAACCACAGCUUAAUUAAUGACACACGGCAAUAUCUAGGUGGUCGUUGUUCGACAGUUCUUUCGUGCGGUGGUUCGGUACUUUGUUCGGGUACUUUGAUACGAAUGGUGGCCAUCCUGAUGCCAGCCAAUUAGGCUGCGAUUAACCACAAACCGCAGCUCCCAGGAGGUUAAUUGUCAGCACACUCCUGGGGUAGGAUGAUCCGCUGUUCAUAGGUUCUAUCGGUGGUUUCGAAGUCAAUGAGGUUAACUAGCAGCACACGCCAAGAGCUUGGUGGUCGGUCAUUCGUACAUACGAAUGACUGGCAGAAUGGGUUCGCAUAACACAAAAUAUCAAAGUGCAACAAAAGUAUCUGUAUGAAUCCGACAGAGGGAUUGUAACAAUAUAUAAAAAACAGUGUUGGCUACCUCCUCCUCCUCCACCGCCGCUUCCACAUACACCAGCACGGUAACCGCCUCCUCUGCCUAUGGGUCACUUAGUAUAAACUAUGUACACAAUAGCAGAAGCUUGUGAAGGCCUUUUUUCCAUGCAUCAGAAGUUGAGCAUUUCUCCAUGCAUUAGAACUGCAAGAAAUGCACCGCAGGCCGCAAAUGUUUAUUUUUUUUAUAUAUCCCCAAAUUUUGGGGGCUACCCCAAUUAAAAUAUAUAUAUAUAUAUAUAUAUAUAUAUAUAUAUAAAAAACAGUGUUGGCUACCUCCUCCUCCACCGCUGAUUCCAACUAUACCGCCACGGUCACCGCCUCCUCAACCUAUGGGUCAUUUAGUAUAAACUAUGUACACAAUAGCAGAGGCUUGUGAAGGCCUUUUCUCCGUGCAUCAGGAGUUGAGCAUUUUUCCAUGCAUCAGGACUGCAAGAAAUGCACAGCAGGCCACAAAUGUUUCUUUUGUUAUAUGUCCCAAUAUUUUGGGUGCUACCCCAAUUAAAAAUAUAUAUAAAAAACAGUGUUGGCUACAUCCUCCUCUUCCACUGCCGCUUCCACCUACACUGCCUCCUCAACCUAUGGGUCACUUAGUAUAAACUAUGUACACAAUAGCAGAGGCUUGUGAAGGCCUUUUCUCCAUGCAUCAGGAGUUGAGCUCGGUUUGAACAAAGAAAGAGAAUACCCUGCACUCCAACCCUCUCUCAAAUGGAUAAUUCUGUUGAUCCUCCUGACAGCCAUGCUUUAGAUUUUGAUUUAUGUUCUUCCAAAGCUAAAAUCGAAGAUUCAAUUUAGUUCUAUUUUAUGGCUGAGCUGUAUUUUUAUGUUACUUUAAGUGCUUUCCUUAUCCACAUUUGUUUGCAGGGCACUUGUCCUACUCUUACCCCCAUUUUAUUUCCUUUUGCAGCCCUCUAGCCCUUUCCAGGACUUUUUUAGAGACAUUUUUGUGCCCAAAAGUUCGGGUCCCCAUUGACUUCAAUGGGGUUCGGAUUCAGGGUCAAGUUCGGGAUCAAGUUCGAUCCCGAACCCGGACUUUUUUUCAAAGUUCGGCCGGACCCGCCAGACCCGCCGGACCCGAACAUCCAGGUGUCCGCUCAACUCUAAACAUAAGUCAUUAACAGUCUUUGUCCAAUACAGAGCAAUGUUCCAGAUGUUAUCCAUUUUUGAUGUUAAAGGUAUUGGCCACAAAAUCUAAGCUACAUUCAGUUUUAUAGGUUUCAAAUUCAGUUACAAAGGGGCGUAUACAUAAGGUUGCCUACUUUAAAUUAAGAAAGAGGGGAGUGACUUAGCAUCAUUUGAAAUCUAUGAAUAGCUGACCACUCUAGCCAAUCAGCAACACCCCUACCCAACAGCACUCUGUGCUUCCUGACACUCAGUAAAUAAAAGACACAUUAACACUGAGAUUUUUUUUACCUGGGAUGAUGACAAGGUCCAAACUUUCCCUGCCAGGUCCAGGUUCCAAAGCCUUAUGAGCGGUGUCCAGAAUGAAGUGGAGGGAUACCUUCACUUGCCCUUCUUGCUCCAAUCUCCUUUUCUUCUUCUUCAUUUGACACAGUCUUCUUAUUCUUCUGACACUGUCUUCUCUCCUCCUUGGCUUCUUCUGCUCCUUUACAUUUCUGCUUCUUUUGCGCCAUUCUGCUCCUUUCUCUUUCUGAUCCCUUCCUGCUCCUCGCAGACCCUUUCUGCUCCUUCUCCUACUUUACCUCUGUGCUCCUGCUGCCCCUUCCAGCCCCUUGCUGCCCCUUUCUGCUCCUUGCUGUCCCUUUCUGCUCAUUUCUGUUCCUUCUCCUCCCUGCUCCUUCUCCUACUUUACCUUCUUAAUCCUUGCUACCCUUUCUGCUCCUUGUUGUUCCUUUCUGCUACUUCUCCUACUUUACCUUUGUGCUCCUUCUGAUUCUUUCUGCUCCUUUACCUUCCUGCUCCUUCUGUCCCUUUCUGCUCCUUUCAGAUCCUUCUGAUUCAUUUCUAUUCCUUUCUGCUCCUUUUCCUACGUUACCUUUCUACUCCUUGCUGCCCUUUCUAUCUCCUUGCUGGCCCUUUCUGCUCCUUCUUCUACUUUACCUUUGUGCUCUUUCUGAUUCGUUUUACCCCUUUACCUUUGUGCUCCUUCUGUCCCUUCCUGUCCCUUUCUGCUCCUUGCUGACUAUUUCUGCUACUUGUAGACCCUUACUUCUCCUUGCAGACCCUUCCUGCUCCUUGCUGCCCUUUCUGAUUCUAGGACAUCCUUCCUGCUUCUUGCUGACCCUUCCUGCUCCUUGCUGCCCCUUCUUUCUCAUUGCUGUCUCUUCCUGCUCAUUUCUGUUCCUUUCUGCUCCUUCUCCUACUUUACAUCUGUGCUCCUUCUGCCCCUUCCAGCUCCUCGCUGCCCCUUGCUGCUCCUUGCUGCACUUUCCAGCUCCUUGCUGCUCUUUGUCCUACUCUACCUUUGUGCUCCUUCUGAUUCUUUCUGCUCCUUUAGAUUUGUGCUCCUUCUGUCCCUUUCUGACCAUUGCUGA